AUGACGACAGCGACGCGAAUUGCACGGCGACGAGCGACGACGCCGGCCUUGACGGGGCCGUGUCUGUCGACGGUGCGGUCAGGCCGGCCACCACGACGGCCGUUUUCCGCGGGGCCAGAAGGCCAUGCACAGCGACAGCAGCUGUCGGAGGUGUGGUUUAGUGCGACAUAUCCGCAUCACGGCCUGGAGCUGCCAGACAGGGGACGCAAGCGACCGGAUGAGCGGACGCUGAAGCUGGGCAAGACCCUCCGGAUCCUGCAAGAGCGGCUACCGACGCUGCUGCAGUCACCGCUGCCGUCGGAGAUUCUGUCGCCGACCAUCUCGCUGCAUCUGUUCCCGUCGACACAUCCACACCUGCCGGCGGUGUCGGGCCGGGUGGCGUACGUGGCGGCGCUGUGGACGUCGCCGCUGGCGUGGAACCGCGUGCCAAUUGUCGGCAACGUGCGGCUGGAGAUCCUGUCGGAGCGCAUGUCCAAGCAGCCGCUGCUGGCGUCGCCACGGCGAGCGGGCGCGGGCGACGAGGAGCUGGUGGUGCGGUGGCGGACGAUCGGGGCGGCAUCGGCUGGCGACGACAAGACAAAGACGACGACGACGACAACAACAACAACAACAGACGCAGCCAGCACGACAACCACAAACACAAACCCGCUGCUCGCCGGCGACCCGACCAAGGAGUUCACCGGACUCUUCAUCUUCGAGUUCGACCAGGAGGGUCGCGUGCUGAGCCACACGAUCGAGCACGUCGAGGAGGGCGGCAACUGGGAGCGCAGUGUGGGCGCGCGGUUCGUCGGCCUCACAGACUGGCUGCUGGGCGGCAUGCGUGGCGGGUCGCAGCCGCCAGUGGCAGCGUUUGAGCUGCAGCAGCCACAUAGGCUGCGGUAA